AUGAAAAACCACACUGCAGUAACAACAUUCAUCUUGUUGGGACUAACAGAAGAUCCACAGUUACAAGUUCUGGUUUUUAUUUUCUUAUUUCUUACUUACGUGUUGAGCAUUACUGGAAAUUUGACAAUUAUCAUUCUUACUCUGACUGAUUCCCAUCUUAAAACGCCUAUGUACUUUUUUCUUCGAAAUUUCUCCUUCUUAGAAGUCUCCUUCACAUCAGUCUGCAUUCCCAGAUUCCUGUAUAGCUUAUCAACUGGUGACAACACCAUUACUUAUAAUGCUUGUGCCGGUCAAAUAUUUUUCAUUGGACUUUUUGGGGCCACAGAAUUUUUUCUUCUUGCAGCCAUGUCAUAUGAUCGCUAUGUGGCCAUCUGUAAACCCCUCCAUUACAUGACAAUUAUGAGCAAUAGAGUUUGUUCCAUCCUUGUUCUCUGCUGCUGGCUUUCUGGUUUGAUAAUUGUCAUCACUCCACUUGGUAUGGGCCUCCAACUUGAUUUCUGUGACUCCAAUGUUAUUGAUCAUUUUGGCUGUGAUGCAUCUCCUCUUUUAAAAAUUUCAUGUUCAGAUACUUGGUCGAUAGAACAAAUGGUUAUAAUUUGUGCAGUAUUGACAUUCAUCAUUACACUGAUAGCUGUUACUCUUUCAUACAUAUAUAUCAUCAAGACCAUUAUCCGAUUUCCUUCUGCUUCUCAAAGGAAAAAAGCUUUUUCCACCUGUUCAUCCCACAUGAUUGUUGUCUCUAUAACUUAUGGUAGCUGUAUUUUCAUUUAUGUCAAACCUUCAGCCAAAGAAGAGGUAGAUAUCAAUAAGGGAGUAUCUGUGCUCACUACAUCAGUUGCCCCAUUGUUGAACCCCUUCAUUUAUACUUUGAGGAAUAAGCAAGUGAAACAAGCUUUCAAUAACACAAUUAAAAAAGUGUCAUUCUUCUUAUCCAAAUAA